AUGGCAGGAGCUGGUCGCUCAGAUGACAUUGACUCUGAUGGCACUCUUCGCGAUAUACUUGCAGACCUCGUCAGCACCCAAGUGGAAUCCUCCACUCGCUCACCUCCUCCGCAGGCCGAUUCGUCGUGGAUUCUGCCCCCAUAUUCUCCCCUUCCUCCACAUGCCGCUUCCAAUUCCCCCCGCUUGCCGCCCUCGCCUAUGCCGCGGACCAGCUCUGCUUCACGACCUGCUCAGCAACAGAUAGCCGCAUCGACCAGUCAUUUGCCUGCUCCGUCCCCAGCUAGUGAUACUACUCCACAGUCAUCAUUGUUCAAUACUCCUUCAAGGUCAAUAUUCUCAUCGGGACCGCCCACAGCCUCGGUGUCUGCCAACACUGCCCAGGCGUCGUUAAGUUCAGCUGGCCCUUCCAGCAGUUCGAGACCGCUUGCUGCCUUAUCUGCGACCAAUGCGGGUUCCAGCCGCAGGAACCCAUCUAGAUCAAGUGAUCCUCCACCCGUUCCUGUGCCGAUCAGGCGGCGUAAUCUGCAAAAAGAUGUGGAUGACCCUUCGACGACCCAAUUCACCACCAAUGAUAGUCCGCAGAACAACACGUCCACGACAUUAUCAAAGCUUUUUGCUGCGGAUAAUGGGACGCCUCAAAGUAUGUCAAGAGACGUAUCGUAUUUCAGGAGCUUGAGCAGUCCGAAAAGUUAUGGCGAUGUCUCGACUCUGUCUGGGCACCUUCUGCAACGAGGGCUAUUAGAUGGGCGUUACUCGGAUAUCACGAUCCAUGCUUUCGGAAGUAGCUAUAGGCUCCAUCGCCUCUUGCUCGACCGCGUGCCAUUCUUCUCCUCUGCCUUUUCAGGGCCUUGGGCGGAAAGCUCGGCUAGGGAAAUGACACUCCACCCCGAAGACAUCGAUUCCAACAUUACCAAAGCCGCCUUCGAGCUUGCUCUGAAGCGCGUCUACGGCUGCUAUCUCCCUGCUGACGAAGAGCAGGAGGCUGUCGGACUCUUUGCAACCAGCUGUUGGCUGGACAUGUCAAAUAUGGUCGAUUCAAGUGUAGACAUAUUGCUACGCCAGAUGCAGCCAUCAAAGCUGGACUCGCUGAUCAAGUUGGUAACGAGCAAUUAUUACGGCAAGGCUGGAGAUCGUAUACUAGCAUCAGCGAAAGCAAUGUUAUGCCGGGAAGGUUGGGAGAUGGCCUACGAGUAUUGGGACAACAUUCCUUCCGAGAUCGUUCGGGAAGUCGUUGGGGGCGACCCAUUUUUUGUUCCGGGAGAGUGGGAGAGGUGGUACCUUGCCUUAAGGCUUCUCAACCGGCGGUUAAAGGCGCGGGCCAUCGAGGCUGGCUUGAUUUCUGCCAGUGGAAGAUACCUGCAACCGAAGCCAACCACGCUCAAUUUCUUUGCUGUCCGCUUUGAUACGACGUAUCGAAGGGAUCUAAUGAUUUCUGGCCGUGGCAGUGCUGAUAAGGACGAGUCAUGGAUUGGACUAUAUACGUCGCCCGAUAUAGCUCCUCUGCUCGUCCUGCUUGAUGAGGGAAUCCACUAUGUGCACUUACGGUUCGAGCAGUUACAGCGCAUCCGACAGCAGAAGGAUAUAUUUGCUGUGCCUGUACUGCCCGAAAAGGUAAUCUCUGAUGCGCUGUGGAUGUCCAUGGAACUUCGGCAGCGGGUAGUCAAUUCACAGGAGGGCGAAAUGGAACUGGGACUCAGCAAGGAAGCCGAACAGCAGGAUGAGGAGGAAUAUCACUCCUCCAGAGAGGUCGAAUGCAGCUCCAGAAAAGGAAAGCAGCCAGAGUCUCACAUGCAGCAAGAGCUAGAGAUGGAGUCCGGCAGUUGGGAUGGUAAUGGAAGGCCCAGAAAGUUUUGGAUACCUACCAGUGAUUCCUCAAGCGUCAUGGGCGGUGCUAGCGAAACAUAUCUCACGGCAACAUCAAACGGAGGUAGUGGUUGGAGCCCACACAUGUCUCGUUUAUCUGCUAGUCUAGAACCGGCUGACGUGCAAUGGGCCAUGGAUUUUACAGCCAGUGGAGGCGACGGACCGCCGGGUACGUCCCACAGCAACCACAACGACAGAUCCAGCAUUCCACGAUACAGCCACUACCCACCAUUCCGAUUCUCUGCCGAGUUCCCAAAUCCGCGAACACUGAAAGAGAAGAAACGGGUCUACUCUCAAACCGUGUGGUACGCUGGCAGUAUGUGGAAUUUGUACAUACAGCGGGUCAAUACAUCCAAGAACCAACAGCUCGGGAUCUACCUUCAUCGCGCCAAGGACAAAGAGCCGUCGGAUGAUCCACUGGCACUCCUCGCUUCUGCCACAGUGGACGACCGCAUCGGUCAUCUCGAGCGAGAGAUGCUGAUGCGCAGGAACAACGAGCGAAGGCAUCAAUCAUGGCGCUCGUCGAACACGACAGUCGGGCCGGAAGGUGAAAUGGAAGACGACGUCAGUGUAUCUGGGGACAAUGAUGCUUCACUUGUGGGGGAAGUCGAAUCAGCGGCACGAAGAGAUGGAGGCAUGUCUGGCAGGCCUGUCACUCUUGCCAGGGCGCAGAAGACAUCUCAAACUCCCGAUAGCGGUGCGCCGGCGUCUCUGUCACAACGACAAGCGGCUUCUCAUGUUAUCGAUUCCGAGGAAGAGGAUGAAGAGCGAUUCAAGACGGGCAAGAAGUUCAACGUGUCGGCUAUGCCGCCAUACGUGGAUGCUCGCCCAACGAUCAAGACGUAUUUCAAAAUCUACUCGCCUAGCAGAGCAGGACGGAUGCUCAGUGUUUAUGAAAGCGCGCCCGACAAGUUUAAUUUCAGCCAAAGCUGGGGGUGGAAGAGCAGUCAGAUGGUGCUGGAGGAUGGGAUCACCGGCUUGGAUGGCAUGGCCAAGAGUGGAAAGGAUGGCAAGUUGCGCUACAUGGUCGUUAUUGGUAAUGUUUGA